GACUUCGAAGAGCCGGUCAAUCGGUGAUAGAUGGACACGGCAAGGAUGAAUUCCUUCCUCGAUUAUCCGCCCAUCCUCAACGGCGAGCCCACCACUUGCGCUUCCCGUGCCUAUCACCGCCACCACCACCACCACCACCCCGACCAUGGGAUUACAACCACUUUUCAGUCGUGUGCUGUCAGCGCCAAUAGCUGCAACGGGGACGAUCGCUUUCUGGUGGGCAGGGGAGUUCAGAUAAGCCCCCAUCCCCACCACCACCAGGCUGGUACCGCCUACCAACAUCACCCCAAUUUGGGGAUGUCCUUCUCGCACCCCAGUUGCGGGUCCGGCUAUGGCACGCAAAACUUCACUGCGGGAGGUUAUGGCCAUUACCCACUCAGCCAAGAGGCGGAAAUCAGCGGGGGCUACUCCCCAUGCGCUCCUACUCUCUACUCGGGAAAUGUCUCUUCCUCCAUGGUCCAGAAUCCCCAGAGUUAUGGUGGGGGCACAACCAGUUCUACUCAGUACAUUCAUCCCUCUUUCGGAGAGGAGCAGCAGAAUUUAACCCUCACUAAUUUCAGCCACCCCUUAUCUCCUCUCCACUCCGCCCAUCCAGAAAGCUGCACUUCUCCUUCUUCGGAAGUUUCUCCACCAGCCCAGACUUUCGACUGGAUGAAAGUGAAGAGAAACCCUCCUAAAACAGGAAAAGCUGGAGAGUAUGGUUAUGUGGGUCAACCCAACACAGUUCGCACCAAUUUCACCACCAAACAGUUGACGGAACUGGAGAAAGAAUUCCACUUCAACAAAUAUCUUACCAGAGCACGCAGGGUAGAGAUAGCAGCCUCUUUGCAACUCAAUGAAACCCAGGUCAAGAUCUGGUUCCAGAACCGCAGGAUGAAGCAGAAGAAGAGGGAGAAAGAGGGCUUGCUGCCCAUCUCUCCAAUCACUCCAACUGGAAGUGAAGAGAAGGCAGAGGACUCCUCUGAAAAGUCCAGCUCAUCCCCAUGUACCCCCUCUCCUACUUCUUCUACCUCAGAUACCCUGACUACCUCAAAUUGAGCUCCAUAGUUAUUCAUUUUUCAUUCCCUGGCCCCCUAUGUUCAGCUCUAGAGUAGUAGAUAAUGUUCCAACCCUACUUUUGUAAAGACUGAAGGGGACCCUUCUCUUGUCAUAUUGGGUUCCAGAUCAAAUCUUUUCUUAUUGCAUCCCUCAAACAAUUGACAUCCCAUACUGAAACUUGUUGGAAGCAAAUCUCACUGGUUUUUCCUUGAACCUUCUUCCAAACUGGUGGGCAUAAUCCAGGACUACUGAGUUAGGGUACUGAGAAAUAAUAGAAAAGGACUUUGUGGCAUAAUAUCACUGAGAUUUAGCUAAAAGCUAAUUUUGUCUGGAAUAGGCCCCAACAGUUCAGGAUCAUAGUCUUAUUUUAAGACUGAAGGUGUCCUUAAUUCAGCAUCAGGCUUUUUUCUCCUCAGUGCUAAGUACAAAGAUUUAUUUAGGUGUCUCCCAUCUCUAGACUAUUUGUGAGAAAAGUCAAAAAAUGAUUACCACAAUGAUAAAUGUUGAUAGACUAGAAUGAAGUUGCCAAAGAACAUUUAUGUAGGUUUUCCUCCAUGGCAGAGACAAAGAGGUUCGCAGUUCCAAAAAGAGAUGCACUAUUGAAAGCGUUUACAUGACUUCUAAAAAGUUCAUGCUUUAAUUUAAUGUACCUGUUUUUUGUGUGUGUAUGAGUUGUUUGUAAAUAUUUUGUUUAAGAGAUCUAUCUUUUUACAGAUUUUCUAGAAAUGUUUAGAUUGAUUAUAAAUUUAAAACAGGGUGGUUAUGUUCUCAAAACACUAUUCGAUUUUAUAGCAAAAAGUGAAGUUGUCAUGAUCAAAGAUGUGUUCAACUCAAUCAGAUACCUCAAAAAAAAAAUCAUAGACUAAUAUUCUUCCUUCAAAAUAGUUAGAUAAAAAUGUUGAAAUUGCACUAAUUUUUUAAAAAGAAACCUUGCUUAUUAAGGUCUGCCCACUAUUUUCUUUCCCACAAUCUCUAUGGAAUUAUUCUUGACCCAAAACUUAUGCAGAAAAUGGAGAGACCAGGCCUGCUAGCGAUUUCCCAUUUAUCUUUCCUUAGAUUUUUCAGCUGAACUUCUGAAUGUGGUAAUUGGCCCAAAGGAAUGUACAGUUCAUGUGAUUUGUGUAGGGAACUUUGCAUGAUGCACAAAGUUUUGGUGUACUAAGUUAACACUGAGUUUUAUCAGUUGUCUUUUGUGAUUGAGUGCUUCUGAUAUUUUCUGUACAAUCAUUCAAGCUUCUGAGAUUCUGUUUGGGGCGGGGGAAGAGAAUGGAAUCCAGAGCAGGAUUUUACGGGUCCUAGAAAUCUCUGAAAUAAAUAUAAUCCUAUAGCAGGCUCUUAUUUGUUUUCGUUCUUUCUUAGGAAGAGAAGCCUAACCAAUCAGUUCUCUCUCCCAUGUUUGGUGCAAGUCAAAUUCUUGCCACCUUCGGCUUCCAGGCCUUGAAGAUUAAACCCAGCCAGAUCAGUGGAGACCCUAGAGAGAACUGGCUGAUCUUUUACUAGGAAAAAGAAGGCCAAUGAACCAAAUUCCAGCUCUUCCCACUGUGGUGGGAGCUUUCUGGGUCAAGUGCUAACCUUUUCACCUCGAACUGCAUAUUGACCUAUGUAUAAACUAAGUCCUCUUCAAAAGCCGAAGCUGUCUUCAGCUGAUCUUGCCUCACAUCCCAAGCCACUAGUGAAGAGAUUUAUAUUUCCUUGUCUCUGAGGACCCCAAGAAGCACAGCUUUCCCCCUCCUUUCUUCUAAAUUUCCAGAAAGAUCUUCCAGGCACAAACUUUGGAGGACAAGCCGGGAGCAGGCAAGAAAUAGCCAGCUGAAGAGCUCCUCCUCCUCUUCCAGAACAAUUCUUCCCAGAGUGUCAUCUCAGGAGGUCCUGUAACCCUGGCCAAAUUUCCCCAGCCAUUAGGAAAAAAACUGGUUGAGGAAGAUGUCAAGUUCUCACUGGAAAAAAAAAAUACAGGUCUUUUAUUUAAAAACCUGUAGAGCCGAUUCACUGGAGGAACUUCCUUCCUUUCUUUGUGAUUUCUAUCACAAGUUGCAUAAAAAUGUGGGUUCAUCAUAAUGGAAAGAAUGCAAAGCAUCGUUUGCAUUUUACAAUAGCCGCUUUCAGUUUGAAAAAAUUGCAUUACUAGAAUUUAAUUGUAAAAGCCUUGCAGCUUCUUAAAGAGGCUUUUAGGAGUCCUGCCCCAGAGAUAAAGCAGGAGAGUUUGGAAGCCCAAAGAUUUCGGGUGGCCAAGCACCAAUGGUUGUCUUUCUCCCACAACAUCAGCAUAAGCAAGCCUUGAUCUGCAGCUAUUUCAGGCCUAUUGCCAGGGCAAGAGUAAAACCCGGGAUUGCUGAACCCCUUUUCUCAAGGCCUUCUACCUACCACUUUGGGCAACUUCAAAGCACGAAAGAGACCAGAGCUCCUUUCACUUUUGGCUCUUCGAUCUCUCCCUCCCCCCACCAGCUCCUCUUGGCUUCCUUGCUUGUCUUAUACUUUCCCCUUUUGUUGAUUAGGAUAAGGCCUCAAAGCUAAACAAAUGCCAUUUGCCAAAAGCUUUCAAGUGGCAUCUACGUGCCAAUGGGGAGGGUGAAUGAAAUCUUUCAAGCAAAAUUCAGUGACUAUCUGAUUCUUUUCAGUCUUUUCUUAAGGUAGCUGGAGGAAAGGAAGAGAAGAUCAAGGGCUUGGUAUCAGCUGCUUUAAAACUCCUUUCAGCAGCUCCAGAGGUGUCCUGUGAGGGUGGAAAGGAGGGGUUCAUAGAAGGAUGUUAAUAGCCAGAAUAUUUAUUGGAACAAAUGCCACCUUAAAGGAAGCCUUCUUUGAAAAAUAAAUAACUCAUUCCCAGGUACACCUGAAGGCAUUUCUUUCUAAGUAAUCUCUGAACUAUAAUUUUCCAGAAAAUAAGUGAUAAAUCUGAAAUAAAUAACUUAUAAUAUAAUUGACUGAAAGCCAAUUAACUGUAGAAGAAGAAAAAAAUCAGUUCACCAAGAAGUGGCACAGAUUUCUUCUAAGUUUGUUCUAGAGAUUAUUGAUCAAAAGGUCCAUCAAUCAACUUGAAUAUCUGACAUCUCUCUCUCUCUCUCUCUUUCUCUCUCUCUGUCUCUCUCUCUGUCUCUCUCUCUCUCUCUCUCUCUCUCACACACACACACCAAGAUAUUACUCCCAAGGAAGUGGGUAGGAAUUUAAUUGACUAAUCAUUAAUAUGGCUGUGGAGAGCCAGAAAAUUGAUCCGCUGGACAAUAAAGAUAAUAGUUUCUUUUAGACUAAGUAGGAAGUAUAUUUUGCCUAAAACAGAACUUGUGUAAUUUUUGUCACUGGUCCUUUCUGUGUCUAUUGCUGCUUACACAAAUCCACAUAACUGAAUUCAUGUAAUAUAGUUAAUUGAUGGAUUAGUCCCAACCAUUAAUCGAUCAAUUCUCAUGAAUUGAUGUACUCUUCUCUUCUUCACUGAUGAUAGAAUUUGGGAUAGAUCCACACUCACCUUUCCCUGGUAUGCCAAUAAACAAAUAAAUAGUAGUUCUUUUAAAAAUUGUCUUUGCUCAUCCAAAUCGGAUUAAUUAGGUUUGUUUUUCUUUUGGGUAAUCUGGAUACUUUAAAAAACAACAACCCCGAAGCCUAUUUUUGAUUAUCAUCCUUAAAAUUUAGUUUCAGAUUUUGCACAAAGAUGUUUUUCUCUAGGCAAUCAGACUGAAAGCAAUCAAUAUUUACUCAGUCUGAAAAGGGUGGUUGAAAAAGCAGCAAACAACAAACUGCUUAGCUGAUCACCCUGUUUAAUCUCAGGUUCACUGAAAGUUCAAGCAGAAAUGAAUUCAGUGAUGGGUCACUUUAGAAUGAGUCCCAGCGGUUUAUCUCGCUCACUGCUAAAGGCAACAAUUAUUUAUACAUACAAAGAUACAGACAUGUGCCUUUACAGUUUUUUUUCUCCAACCUCUUGUUCAUUAAGAUAACAGUUUUACUGUACCUUUAUUUUAAAACCACCAAAAAAAUCUUCCACUAACACUUUCUUGCUCUUUUCUCUUUUUCCUCUGAAUUCUUGUUUUGGUUCAGUGUUAAUGAAAAUAAGUGGCAGCUUUCAAAAUGAAGGAAAGAAAAAGAUGCACCACAUCAAAAUAUUUUAAAAAGAUAAAUAUUGUAAUGCAGACUAUUUUCCUGGGAAGAGAAAGUCCUGUUGAUGUUAGCAGGAAGUUGGCUUUAAGCAUUUUUAUUUUUAUUUAACAUUUCUAUCGGGAUCUGCAACCCUGUGAAUAUGAAAUACUUUGUUUUUCAUGUUUUAGUGCUUAAAGUAUAUCGGCUUGACUAGGUUCAGGACAACGUGUGUAUCUAUAUGCACGCACCAGCGAAUUUGAGUUCCGAAGCUUAGAGGAAGGGACCGUGGGAUUCCACAAAAACCGAACAUUUGAAGGUGCUGCACGUUGUGGCUAAUUGCAACAACUCUUCAGAGGUCAGAGGUCAGCUAAUCACUGCAUAAAUGCAUUCUUAAUGGGAAUUUAUUAGCCUCUUUCUAGUGGCAGAUCACGUUUGAGGGGGACUAACUUUUAUUAUAGCAUAAUAGUUUCUAGAAAUGAUCAGAGUUUAGCUUGGUGCUUUUGCAUUUUCUGACAUUAUUUUUAUGUUUAUUCUAAUGGUCUAGUAAUGCUUAAAGUCUCCAGAGAACAAACACCUAUCUACAUGAUAAACAGAUAACAGAAAGACAGAUAAAUAUGUUUCUUUGCAUGCUUAUUCGAGAGGAGCAUUCCCUGGCUUCUAAGCUUAAAAAUCAGGGGCAGAUCUAAGGUGUCUCACACAGGUUGUUUUCCAACUUUAUGUUAGUAGCCAAAUACACUUUUUGGGGUGGUGGUGGUGACUUUGUUUACAUAAAUACUAAUCUAUAAAAUAAUAGCUCCUUAAGAAUAAAAAUAAAAUACAAACAACAAUAACAUAAGCAGAGAAUCUGGAUAUAUUUUUAAAAAGUAAAGAAUAUAUGUAUGACUAAACGGCGGGUAAGCACGCCUGGAUUUUGGAUAUGUCCAAAUUAAAUCAAUUAAUUAAAUUGAUUGAAAUUUAAAUUGUUGAUAAUUAAAUCAACAACAGCUCUGUAACUUUCCCCUUGUUUUCCUCCAGUCCGCCCAGCAUACUAUGUAGCUGUUUUAGUCUAGGGCUGGUGUGCACCCGAAUUUCUCCCAGGUCCUCUUUUCCCUGAUUUCAAAUGCAGGACUUCGGUGGGAAAGCUUGGGCUCCCCUGAUGAAGGUUGGUUGGGCUGCCUACUGGAACCGGGGCUUCCAAGUUGCUUGCGUGGCCCAUCCAGGCUUUUUAUUUCAGCCCAGCUGCCCCGUUUGCUAGGGAGCGGCCGAGGAAAAGCGAGGCGAUGUGAGGGAGUUGAGAGCAGAGGUGCUUACAAUACUGUUGGCGAUAGAACUCCGCCUUUAGUCUCUCUUUGCCCAAAUCUUUAACGUCCGGAUUUAAUUUAACCCAGGUCUGACUACGUUGGGGGUUGUGUCCAUGGUGGAAAACUGCCGGAACCGACACGAACACUUCGGCAAGGCAAUGGCAAUUCAAAAAAAAAAAAAAAAAAAGUAGAACCCAUCGCGCUUCUUGCGCUGGAAAAUAUUGGUAAGGGGUUCUUUCUAUAGAAAAGAAGAAAAUUGCACUGGGUAUGUUCGUGCAUGUUGGAGAAAGCGGAGAAAAAAGCGGAAUGAGAAAAAUGAAGCGGGAGGAGACUCAAAACAAACGCUUGACCGGUGCGACGCCUCUAAAGAGUGCGUGCGUAAAGUAUUUCACUCAGACUGACCGCCCGACUAUCCAACUCCUUACUGUCAAGGAACGAAAUCGGUUGCUCACCUUUCUUCUUGCAACUAGCUAUCCUUUGGGGCUCAGCCCAAAUCAAUUUCAUAUGGCUGGAAAGAAAAACCAGAGACGUCUAAUUAUGUAAAGACUUGGACUCGGAAAUAAUUCGGAAGAUCAAAUUCUGCUCCAAACUGCUGUUUCCUCCUCUUUAGUGUGUCCCAAACUAUAACAUUAUAGCUGUAAAUAUGUGGCUAUUUUACAGAAUUCUCCCCCUCCUCUUUAUCCACGGACGUAUCUAAUUUUAGGCAACGUUCCUAAGUUCUUUGCAUUCUUCUUGAUUCCCAAUAAAACGAGUUUUUCCUGCCCACUCUAUAAUCCAGAACUGAGAAUUUUGAAGAAUACUAAUUAGUCAAAAUAAAAUGACAUGAUAUUUUUUCUUUUUAAAUGAUAUUGCUGCAGAAAAAAAAUAUGGGGAUUGGUAAAUAUAAAAUCUUAGGAGUUUAAAAAUGGCGUUCUUUUGUAACAAGAAUGAAGCAGAAAAGGAAAGAAAAUGGCUUAAAAUAUUGCUUUGGCUGUAUCUGCUUUGUAGAUGAAAAAUAAAUCAAUUGUAUUGAUUGUUAAAUAUCAGCCCAAAAAAGAAGAUGACAACAGGAAAUAUUGAGCUAUUAUUUUUUCCAAGUUGUCUAUUUAGAUUUGUAAAUUAAGUGUACUCAUUUAUGCCUUAAAUUAAUAAACAAAUGUUUCAAAAAUAACAGGCUAACACCUUCAUUCUUUACAUAGCACUUGUAUAGGAUUAGCACCUUGUUUGGCUAUUUAAUUCAGUUUUACAACCUUUCAGCGAUAUAGAGAGUAA